AUUUAGCAUUAACACUUUCCUACGUAGUGUAUGUACUCAGACUUGAGACGGUUUUAUGGUUUAUUAGAUACACACAGAGAGAGAAAGCAAAGUGUAAAACGGUAACCAAACCACCGAAACCUUAGUACCGCACCACUUUAUUUUGCAUGAACGCCCAAAGUUGCCACAUUCCUUCCUAGUAUUUCAAACCAGUUGCAGAAUCUUUCACUCACUCAGUCGGACGCAAAGUGAUUUCCAUCCAAUUACUGUGUAGACAAAAAUCAGCAAAGACUUUUUAUCACGUACAGCUCAAUGUACGUUCAUCACCUUUUACGAAAAUAGACAAAUAAAGCAAGUCCAAAGUCUCACAUUUUUUCAUUAUGCACUUGUAGCACUUCUCGAUCGGCAAACUUUUCCUUUUCAUGAAUAUCUACCGAUCGAGUCGUUCCUUGAAAAUAUUGGUUCAGAAAAACAAUUAAGAAUACAUAAGGUUGCAAACUAAAUACGAGCAAAUGUCACUUUCGCAAUAACAACCGAAUCAAAAAUAUGUCCUGUUUUCGUCAAAGUUACGUAUGAAUAGGUUUCCGAACAGAUUGCGAGGAGUGGUUUGUGUGGUCUCAUUGUACAAGAAGGCGUGCAGUGGAAACUAGUUGAAUCCUAAUUCGUGUAAACUUUUGGUGAAAGUGAGUGAAAUCUGUGUUCACCUGUCAACCCGUUUUCCCGUCUUAACCACGGAAAGCAAUCAUCAUUGUUAUAACAUAACACGAUCUGCUGCGUAACGCGACAAAUGUCAACUUCAGCCUGUGGUCCACUACGUUUUGAGACGGGUUCAAUUUAAUUUGAUUUCUCAGUUGUGAAAGGGUUGCCGAUGCGAAAUUAGCAAAAUGAGUGACAACGACUAUUACUCCGAUUCCAGUCCGGAGGCACAGGAUAAAAAGUGGAAUAGAGAUAUUACGAGUGUGUAUGCGGAGGUUAAUCGUCUCAGGGAAACGUUGGAGGAGAGAGACAAAGAGAUUAUCAGGUUGCAGAGGGAGACGCAUAAGUUGAAGUCUGUCAUCGAAAAAUCGGAAUUGCGCCGAAUUCCAUCCCUUUCCUCUGGAAAUUCUGGAACGGGUACUGUUGGAUCUCUUGGAAGCGGUGGUGGUGGUGGAGGCGGCAACAGCGGGGGCGGAGGACACCAGAAAAAGUGUGGCGUUUCUGGAGAAAGCUGUUCCUGGAAUGUGUCCCAUUCUUCAGAGGACGAAUCAUCCGACGCCGCUUCGACGACCGCGAUUUUAAGCGGAGGAGGAGGAGGACCAGCCAAGUCGGCCUCGACUCGAACCCUCGAAGAGCCUCAGCGACACCAUAAGGAUUUUAGAACACGGCAACUCAUCCGGGCAGCAUUGGGAGAUAAUGACUUUCUCCAAAAUCUGGACCGAGAACAAAUCCGGGAUAUGGUUGACUUCAUGUGUCCGCAGACAUUUUCCGUUGGCGAGUUUGUCAUUCGCGAGGGGGAAGUUGGAUCUCACUUGUACGUCUCGGCGGAGGGGACAUUUUAUGUUUCGCAGGACACUCGAACUUUGGGGACUUUGAAAUCAGGAGUGGCAUUCGGGGAACUGGCGUUGCUCUACAAUUGUAAAAGAACGGCGUCGGUGAGAGCAAUCACGGAAUGCAAAGUAUGGGCCCUGGAAAGAAGAGCGUUCCGAGUCGCAAUGGUGAAAGCAGGAAUGCAAAGGAUUAAGGAUCGUCUUGCAUUUUUAAAAUCGGUCCCCUUGCUGAAGGGCUUGGAUGCUGGGUCACUUGGUCGAGUAGCAGAUUGCUUAGAAGUGGAACGAUAUCCGCAAGGAUCGUUUAUAAUUAGAGAAGGCGCAGCUGGCGAUACCUUCUUCAUAAUCAGCGAGGGACGCGUCCAGGUGACCACUUCAUCCGACAUGUCGGACGAGACUGGAAAUGACCCCGCAACCUUUUUUGGAAAUCAUCCCGCAAAGAAUUCAUCCUGGCUGCAAGAACCACAAAUACAAAUUCCCACCGUGAACGUGGAAAGCUAUGAAAAUUCGUCAUCUCCAUUUCAACGAAGCGAAUUGUUACCACAGCCUCAGCCAGUCGCCAGUACCAAUGGAAAGCAGACGGCGAGUGUGAGCCCUUGGCAAGUACUGCGAGAACUUGGACACGGUGACUAUUUUGGAGAGCAAGCCCUGCUCCAUGAAGAGCGACGCAGCGCAAACGUAAUCGCCAUCACGGACGUGGAAGUGUUAACAUUGGAUCGGGAAUCGUUCAUGCAAUUGAUUGGAGAUUUGACCGAGUUUAAUUUAAAUCGGAGACCGUUACAGUCCUCGUCAUGUUCCGAGUUGAAUAUGUUGGCUAAUUCGGAGUCGAACCGGACUUGGACGACGCAUGACAGAUUUGAUGAGGUUGGCUGUUCCAAGAAGCAGCUAUCAUGCUCCUUGCCAAACCCGAUCCUUGACAGAGAAAGGUGUCUGAAACAUGAUGACUAUGAUUUCUCCAAGUUGAGACUGGACGAUUUAGAGUUCGUGGCAACACUGGGCGUCGGUGGAUUUGGUCGUGUCGAACUAGUCCAGAUCUCGUACGACCCUAAUCGAGUCUUUGCAUUGAAAUGUUUGCCAAAAGCGCACAUUUCCGCGACACAGCAGCAAGAGCAUGUUUUCUCGGAGAGGAAUAUCAUGCUAUCUUGCAAAUGCCCUUUUAUUGGGAGAAUGUAUCGAACGUUCAAGGACACAAAGUACGUGUACAUGUUGAUGGAAGCUUGUCUCGGUGGUGAAGUGUGGACUGUCCUCCGGGACAAGGGCUCUUUUGACGAAACUUCCACCCGAUUCAUUGCUGCUUGUGUUAUCCUCGCUCUGGAAUAUUUGCAUGAACGAUCAGUAAUUUACAGAGAUUUGAAACCGGAGAACUUGAUGCUGGCGAAUGAUGGCUACGUGAAAUUGGUUGACUUUGGAUUCAGCAAGGUUGUAUCCGCAACCUCAAAAACUUGGACUUUUUGCGGCACUCCUGAAUAUUGUGCUCCCGAAGUAAUUUUGAACAAGGGUCACGAUCACAGCGUGGAUUUCUGGGCGUUUGGAAUUCUUUUAUUCGAACUGCUAACUGGCUGUCCUCCGUGGGGCCCGAUGGCAGAAAAUUGUUCUGGAUCAGACCAAAAUUCUGACCCGUUGGUAACCUACAACGCAAUUUUGAAAGGGAUCGAGUCUGUCCAUUUCACAAAAUCUGUAAGCAAAGGGGCAAUCUCGCUGAUUCGGAGGUUGUGUCGCCAAGUUCCUGGGGAGCGUCUGGGUGUCCGGAAUUUUCGAGAGAUUAAUUCCCACCGCUGGUGGCAAGGGUUUGAUUGGGAGGGAGUCCGACACCGAAGAAUGAAACCUCCGAUACGCCCAAACCUUCGAGCACCGGCAGAUACGUCAAAUUUCGACAAAUUUGAAUUGGAAAUACAAGACGUACCCGACGAUUUUUCCGGGUGGGAUAUGGAGUUCUGAAUUUAUAUGUAUUUAUUUACUAACAUGUUUACUCGUCAAAUUGGCGAAUUAACUAAAUGCAGUGGCCGCAGAAACCGUGGGGACAUUAACAUUGUAGGAUAGGGGAGAGAGGGGUUUAUAUAUACCUGAGCAGAUAAGUGGAUCAUCGAAUAUCCGUGAGGACAUUAUUGUCCCUUUGUCCCUCAUUUCCGCAGCCACUGUAUCUAUACAUAUUUUGCGAAAAUACUUAAUUCUAUGCUUGGCUAAAUGAAAUAUGUCAUUUCCGCGUAUUUAUUACGAUUUAAUUAUAGUCCUUAGCUUUGAGUAGCGUUAAAUUGCUUUUCUGCUCUAUAUUGCUUUAUCCACAUGUAAUAUUUACGUAUUACGGUCUACUUGCCUACUUUAAAAGGAUGGAAUAAAUGAUGGCGUUCGAUUUUCCAACU